AGUACUAGAUAAAUAUAUACCAGAAAGACCACCAGAUGGGUAUGGUGUAAAUUCUGAAAAAUUUAUUCAUUGUGAUCUUAUAAACCCAACUCCUUCAGCUAGCCAAAUUAUAGAAUCUUUAACUAAUAAUCUUUAUAAAAAAGUGUCAGAUAUGUUUUUGGCAAAGCCAGUGCAAUCAAAGAUAAAUAUUAAAGUCGACUCUGAUGAAGAACUGGCUGAUCGUAUGA